AAAAGUUCUACCACGUAUGCUCGGGUGGCGCAGGGGGUUGAUCAACCCGAACCUGGUUUUGUUCAAACAUCUCCAGUUUUAUUUUUAUUUUUUCUAGGGGAUUAGGGGUUUCUUUAAUCUUAUUGCUGAUGACCUGUCCUUCGACAAUCACAAACUACAAUUGAAUGGAGGACAUCUUAUUGUGAUUUUCAUCAAAACGGCAUCUUCCUUUUACUCAUUCACCUCGUCCAAGGCACAGUCGGAUUUUAAACUUGGACAGGGAUCCACCACCCACCCCCAAAUCGUUGGGUUACAAGGAGGGAACACGUUCGGGGUGUCUCAGUUUCACAAGCUCCGUCGUUGAGGGAGGGUAGAGAGAACGAAAUACCUGUCAGCAACGAAAAGGGUCUGCCGAAGAAGGUUGUCACGCAACAAAAGCUCACAACUAACCUAAGCUCCGAUGGAUCGGGCGUGGGAGUGUGUGUAACUGCAUUACUUCUAAAACCUUCUCUUAUGAGCCGAGGCUUCUGCCCAACCAGUCUUAUUUUCUUAGCGUCCCGUCUCUCUGUGUUGGCUCUGGCCAGGUGUACCUUGAACCUAUUUCGACCCCCAAAAAAAAAAAAACCAUCUCAUCUGCUCUGGCUAUUAAUUAUCACGCCUUCCGCGCUAGGCCCAUACUACCACGAUUUAGUGAGCCUUGGGGUGUCUGCACACUCAUCUUGCGGACAGGGGAGAUCUCAAGAUAAUUUUUGUUGAGCCAUUGUUAAUAUCCCGCCUUUUCUUUUGAUCGUACCUUUUCUGGCUGAAAGGGUAAAGGCAUAAAAAAUUCAGGGGGAUUCCAAAAAGGUCACAAAUAAAAACCAAAAAAAGGAGCAUGAGGCUCUACCCUCGCUGGCCUCUCCGCGUGGAGACGACAGCCAGCUACGCGGGCGUGCUGAUCCCGCUCGAGGAGGCCCACCUGUAUAGCCACUCGGCGCGUAGCGGAAGGACCGAGUACGAGGAGCCGCCGUCGACGGCCGACAACAACAAUGAUGACGAGGCCGGGGGGAAGCGCGGUGGGGAGGAGGCGGGCAUGCUCGAGAUGCGAGCGGCCGAGUAUAGCAUCGAAGGGUUGAGGCGUGAGGUCCGGCUGGGCAGCGGAGGAACCCGGCCGAUCGCCUACGAGAUGAAGUCCAAGCUCAUUAACAAGGCUGUCCAGGACAUAGGCAUGGGCCGGUACAACUGGCAGCUGUUUUUCCUGUGUGGUUUUGGCUGGUUUGCGGAUAAUCUGUGGAUGCAGGGUGUCUCCCUCCUCCUACCCUCACUCUCGGCCGAAUUCGGCAUUUCGGAAAAGACGGUCCGCUACACGACCUCGACCCUCUUCCUCGGCCUCUGCGUCGGCUCCUUCACCUGGGGAAUCGGCUCCGACAUGAUGGGUCGCCGCAUCGCCUUCAACGCGACGCUCUUCAUCACGGGCGUCUUUGGCAUCUUGGCCUCGUACGCCCCGUCAUGGGGCUGGCUGUGCCUGAUGCUGGCCGCGUUGGGGUCCGGCGUGGGCGGCAAUCUCCCCGUCGAUGGCGCCCUGUUCCUCGAGUUCCUCCCCGACGCCAGCAGCAGCCUGCUGACCCUCUUGUCCGUCUGGUGGCCCGUCGGCCAGCUCUGCUCCAGCCUGUUUGCCUGGUACUUUAUGGCCAACUGGCCCGUCGACCAGGGCUGGCGCUGGUUCGUCUUUGCCAUUGGCGUCGUCACCCUGCUCAUGUUUGCCCUGCGCUUUUUUGUCUUUAACCUGUUCGAGUCGCCCAAGUUCCUGCUAUCAAAGGGCCGACAGGCCGAGGCCGUCGCUGUCGUUCACGGCCUCGCCUACCGCAACGGCGUCAAGACGUGGCUGACGGAGAAGAUCAUGGACGACGUUGCCGGCGAGGACGAUGACGACGACGACGAUGCCUUUGCCUCUUCUGCCUCCAGGCGGCUGGCUCUCGACACCACCUCAGUCCUGCGCGCCAAGCUCGCCUCCUUCUCCGGAGACCGCAUCCGCCCGCUGUUCAGCAACAAGACGCUCGGCCUGGCCACCGCCAUCAUGUGGUUCAUCUGGGCCACCAUCGGCCUGGGCUACCCUCUCUUCAACGCCUUCCUCCCCCAGUACCUCUCCCGUGGCGUCAGCGACUCCACUACCGGCGCCGCUCCCGUCGUCGCCGCCCGCGCCGACACGCAGCCCCAAGCCAUCUCCGCAGAGACCUAUCGCAACUACGCCAUAACCUCCAUCGUCGGCGUGCCGGGCUCCCUCCUGGCCGCCUACACAGUCGACCACCCAUCCCCGCUGCUCGGCCGCAAGGGCACGCUCGCCAUAUCCACCUUGGUGUCCGCCAUCUUCCUCUUUGGCUUCGCCACGCUGGGCACGACGCCGUCGGCGCAGCUGGCCUUUUCGUGCAUCGAGGCCUUUUCCCAAAACAUCAUGUACGGCGUGCUGUACGCCUUUACGCCCGAGAUCUUCCCCGCUCCGGUCCGCGGCGCCGGCACCGGGGUGGCGAGCUUCCUCAACCGCGUCGCGGGGCUGCUCGCCCCCGUCCUGGCUGCGAAUAUACCCGGCGACGGCUCCACCGCCCCCAUCUACCUCUCCGCCGUGCUGAUCCUCGCCGCCUUUGUCGGUAUGUGUCUCAUCCCCAUCGAGACGAGGGGGAGGCAGAGGCUGUGAAGCGAAGUAUAAGGAACAAAGGAAAGACGAAAGGGGGUUUCCUUGAGAUGUUGUCAUGCUUUGACAUGCCAUUACCAUAUAGACUUGUGUUUUUAUAUGUCUUGUUGCUUUCACUUUUACAGCCAAGCUCUGGCAACCUUGUUCACAUAUCAGCUGGGCAACAAAUUAUUCUAGUUUCCUGUACCCAACGAAAACCACUGGCUUUUGGAGAUGUUUCCAUUCCAGCUUUCACUAUAAAAACAACUCGGUCUGUUGAGUCUACUCUGCACGCACAAAAGUUUAAUCGUGUUCGCUCGCUGAAAUACAAACGAAUAUUCCCC